AUGUCGACGGGCAAGAGGCUGGCGAAACGUAGUAUUAUCGGCACCAGAGUGUGUGCUCCCGGUGAGGACGGGAAGUACUACAGUGGCGUCAUUCACGCCGUGAAAACGCCGGCGUCAGCCGCGUCCGAGUCAGGCCUCAGCAUUACACCGAAGACUCGCUACUCCGUGCGCUUCGACUCUGUGCCAGGCGGUCGGCCGCCGAGUCCCAGCACCGAAUACUCUGACCGCGACCUGAUCGGCCCUGGCUUCGGCUCCGUCACCAGCGCGCGCCUCGUACCCGGCCAGAAGGUUUAUCUCACGUACAACGGACGAGAAAUUCACGCAGAGGUCACGCAACACCGCGAGCAUCUCGACGAGGUGGACGUGAUAAUUGCGCCGACCGGCCAAGAGGUAAGCCAGUUUUCUGUUACAUUCUCUCUUUUAUUUUGUGUUUCAUUUCGCGCGCGUUCCGGUAAACCGGCGGGAUCGGCAGCGCGUAUUCUGCUGUGGGGGAGGGGGAGGGGGGGCCGGGUAACCCUCGAGCGGCGGAUGUGACGCAGCUAUUUUUAAACAUGGUGCUUGCUGUCUUCGACGACAAAUCUGUCGCCUCGUUUAUUCAUUUUUCAGUGCUAA